AUGGCAAGAACAGGUCAUUCCACCAACACGACUUCCGGAAGACACAGGAUGCGUCAACCACAGUCUCAGAAGCUCACGGACAAGGAGAUUUUGGAGUUGAAGAACUACCUUCCUGAGUGGACUGCUGCCAAAAGGAGUGAGAAGCGAGCGAUUUUCACUGCCAUAGCAAGGGCGGCCAGGUUGUUUGCUCCGAAGUUGGACCAAAAACAAUGGAAAAAGAGGAAGCAGGUGUACAAGACUUGGUUGUUCAACAACAAGAAAAAGAAGGAAAGGAAGGACAUGAUCAAGUAUGGGAGGAAAUGGACUCCCAGGAUGGUGGUCUACCAGCAAAAACGCGAAGAAGUGCUGAAGAGGAUUGAGGACGAGUCCGGGGUAAAGCCAGGAGAUCCUGGUAUGUUCAAACAUUAUCAGGCGGCGGUGAAGAGAGUCAUGGCUGAAUUGGACGACAAUGAGUUGGAGAAGGCUAAAGAAACAGCCGAAGAGUGGUCCAACAACUGUCCGCCUCCGGAGAUACAAGCACAAGUGGCUCGUAAGAAGGGUCCGGCAUAUAUGGAGCACUUUUCGAACGAGAUGUGGAGGCAAUGUGGGAUGAGAGUGUUCGUGAUGUCAGCUUGGAAGAAUGAAAAGGGCGAGGUGCUGUUCGGGAUGCAUGAUGAUAAUGAGGCCUUAGGAGAUGGGGACAGCUUCAUGAAGACGAAGGACUGGGAGGACAUUGAGCCAGUGUGGCAGGAGUACGCGCAGGAACAGUUCGGCGCCGGGGCACAGGAUGGAGGACCCUUCGAACUCGAAAUGGACGGGGAGGGUAUGCCACUCCUUCCGGACAUCACCGACACCAAACUUGAGGAGAAGAAGGCCAUAGUAAGGGCCUUUCUUACAUCGCACUAUCGGAUAUGCUCCGGGAAGGACAAGGCGGUUGUGCCAUGGAGUGCCAUUGUACAAAGUCAGGAUGACUUCGUGGCCCAGACGUAUCUUCCGGCGGAUGUUGACUUGAAGGAACCUUCGAAGCUGCAAAUUUGGGACACCACUACCUUGCUCCAGUUUUGGCUCGCUCGGCAAGAAACAGGCGAAGGGCCCACAUUUCUGUUCAAAGCAUGGAAGAACAAAGAUGGGGACAUGGUACCAUCUGUCAUAUCUGGCAACUCGCCCUCUCCUCAGACUCGUAUAGUGAGAAGGCAACAGAGGGUUACCAUCCGAAGGCCUCGGGAGUCAUCGACAGAAGCCGAGAGUGAUAAGGAGAGUGCCACUCAUCAUACGGAGCAUAAUGUGGAUGAUGACCUGGCUGACGGGAGACCUCCGCUGAAGAAGCCCAGGACGGGAGGUCCUACACCCAGAGGGCCGGCAGUCCCACGUCCAAUUCCAAAGCCUCGCCCGGCCAAGCCGGCCAAAAAAGGUGCAUUACUGACAUCACAAAUGGGAGACCUCCUCGCUGGGUUAACUGACAACGCGACGGGCGAGGUUAGAGAUGAUGUCGAAAUGGAAGAGAGUAUCACACCGCCGGCACAGAAAAGGAGGAGGGGCACUCGAGUCACUGUUGAACCAUCCACGAGGACGACCCGGAGUAAGUUGCAAAUGCCAGUAGACAGUACACCUAGAGUAACCAGAGCACGGGGACGCACUUAA